UCUCAAACAUUUCACCGGCUCACUCUCACCCAAAACAAAACAAAAAAUUAACGAAGAAAAAAAAGAGGGGAAGCUGAAAUUGAUCUGGAAGACUGGAACGGACAAUCGAUUCCCACCCUUCUCUAGUUCUCCACUUCUCUGUGUUCGAGAUUUUCACCAAACGAAGGGCCGAAGACCGAAGGGGGAGCUGCCGAACUGGGAUUUUGGGCCGGCCUUGAGUCUGUGUCUGUGUUCGAGAUUCGAGCUCGAGGACCAGUAUAUACUACUAGGUAUAAUAUACACUGCGGAGUCUUAGAGUCUCAUUUGCUUGCGACUUGCGAGGCUUCAAAUCGGUAAGUAUUCUCUUCUUAUGCAGAGCCCUGGUUGGUGGUGCUUAAAUUUGUACGUAUGUUGUUAAAUGCAGAGCCCUGGCUGGUGGUGCUUAGAUUUGUGCUGAUUUAGUUGACAUUUGUUGAUGUGCUUAAAUUUAAAAAUAUCUGAUUAUCGGUUAGUGCAUCAUUAAUAAUAAUGUUAUAAGCCUCUCUUUUUUUUAAUUCUUACUUAGGUGCAUCAUGCCUAAACGUCAACUAUCUGGUCAUCAGAAAAGAAUAAAGAAGCAAAAGACUGAAGCAUUAAUAAAUUCUCAAAAAUGGGCUAUUAAAAAGUUCUUUUCAAGCAACGAAAAUAUACAAAGCUCAGUCGAAGAACACAAAAAUUUGGUGAUUGAUGUCGCUGAAAACUUGGUGAAUGAAGAACAAGUAGAAGAAGAAUGUGAGGAUUUGGGGGGUGAGGAAGCCUAUCAAUGUGUCAAUGAGAGUAGUAAUGAAAGUUCGAGGGAUGUAAAUCCAAAUGAAGAUUUGAAUGUUGAAUGUGCUCCUGUGAACAUUGAUGAUCCAUGUAAUUGGGAUAACAUGGAUAAAAAAUUAAGGGACUUAUUGGUUGAAAGAGGUCCCGUAAGAAGAAAUGGUGAUGCUAUCUUUCCUAAGGAUGACAAUGAGAAGAGUAGACAUUUCUCUUCUGUGCACUAUAUUCGCCAUUUACCCAAUGGAGAGAAACAUGAUAGAAAAUGGCUUGUAUACUCGGAGGCUUUGAAUAAAGUAUUUUGCUUUUGUUGCAAAUUAUUCAAGAAUGAAGGAAACAAGACUCAAUUGGCCAAUGAUGGAUUUCAAGACUGGAAAAAUAUUAGUGAUAGGCUUAAAAGUCAUGAAACUAAUUGGGAGCACCUCACGUGCAUGAACAAAUGGAUUGAGUUGGAGAGAAGAUUUCAGAAGAAUCAAACAAUUGACAAAAAUGUUCAAGAACGAGUCAUUAAAGAGAGGGAACAUUGGAGAGGGGUAUUACUGAGAGAAAUUGCUCUUGUGGAAACACUUGGGCAGAAUAAUCUACCAUUUCGUGGAGAAAAUGAGAAGAUUUACCAAAGGAAUAAUGAGAAUUUUUUAUGUUUUAUUCAAAUGAUGGGAAAAUUUGAUCUAGUAAUGCAAGAGCACUUGAGGCGAAUUGAAAAGAGUGAGAUUCAUAACCAUUAUCUCAGUCACAAAAUCCAGAACGAGUUGAUACAGAUAUUAGCGGCGGAAGUGAAGAGUAAAAUUGUUGCAACAAUCAAAGACGCUAAAUAUUAUUCAGUUAUACUUGAUUGUACCCCGGAUGUAAGUCAUGAAGAACAAAUGUCCCUUGUCAUACGAUGUGUGGAUAUUUCAACAAGUCCAAUAGAGGUGAGGGUGAGUGAGUUCUUUUUAGAAUUUUUGAAGGUGGAUGACACGACGGGAUUGGGGCUAUUUUGUGCACUUCAAGAAGUAUUAGUUAGCCUUCAACUUGAUAUUGGUGAUUUAAGGGGACAAGGUUAUGAUAAUGGCUCUAACAUGAAAGGGAAAAAUAAGGGUGUGCAAACAAGGGUACUUGAAGUAAAUCCAAGAGCAUUCUAUACCCCAUGUGGCUGCCAUAGUCUCAAUCUUGUUCUUUGUGAUAUGGCCAACUCUUGUUCUAAAGCAAAAACAUUUUUCGGAGUGGUACAACGUCUAUAUGUGUUGUUUUCCUCUUCAGUCCAACGGUGGACAAUUUUAAAGGACAAUUUGAAAGAUGUGAAGGGUCUCACGCUUAAGACAUUGUCACAAACACGUUGGGAAAGUCGCAUUGAAAGCAUCAAGCCGAUAAGAUACAAUCCCUCAAAACUAAGAGAUGCUUUGGUAGACUUGGCGAACGACAUGACGACAGAGUCGAUAGCACAAAGUGAAGCUAAAUCCCUUGCAAAGAACGAACUUGAGAAUUUUGAGUUCUUGUUUGCCAUGGCUAUUUGGUACAAGUUGUUGUUUGCUGUUAACAUUGUGAGCAAGUUUCUUCAAAGUGAAGACAUGUGCAUAUACCUUGCUAUCGAGAAGUUAAAAGGCCUGAUUGAUUAUUUUGAGAACUACAGAAAAGUUGGUUUUGCGGAGGCAAUGGUUGAUUCUACGGAAAUGGCGAAUGAAAUGGGGAUUGAACCUAAGUUUGUUGAAAAGCGCAUCAUUCAAAGAAAGAAGCAAUUUGAUGAAGAUGUUGCGGACGAGGUGACACACUCUGCUGAAGAAUCAAUGAAAGUGAAUUACUUCUUGGUAAUUGUGGAUAAAGCUCUUUCUUCCUUCAAAGAUAGGUUCCAACAAUUUGAAGUGUAUGAGAAGAAUUUUGGUUUCUUGUUUGAUUUGGAAAAGGCGAGUUCGAGUGAUGAAUGCUUGAAAAAUCAUUGUACCAACCUUGAAGAAGUUUUAAAGCAUGGCGGAGUUUCCGAUAUUGAUGGGAGAGAUUUGUUUGUAGAGUUGAAAUGCUUGAAACAAGUAUUGCCAAGGGGAGUGCAGAAACCAAUUGAAGUGCUCAAUUUUAUCAAACUUAUGGUGGACUCUUUCCCAAAUACAUGGAAUGCGUAUAGAGUGCUUUUGACUAUACCGGUUAGUGUUGCCUCGGGCAAAAGAAGCUUUUCAAAGUUGAAGUUGAUCAAAAAUUACCUUCGAUCAACCAUGUCACAAGAAAGACUAAAUGGGUUAGCCAUGUUAUCAAUUGAAAAUAACUUGGUGAAAGAGGUGGAUUAUACUAAUUUAAUUGAUAGUUUUGCUUCUAGAAAUGCAAGACGAGUAAUAUUCAAGUGACACUCAUGCGUUCUUGAGAUAAUAUGUAUUUACCUAUUUGGAGACUUUGUAUUUUGUGUUCGUAUAUAAUGAUUAGUAGAACUUUAUAUUGGUUUGGCUUUUUUGUAUUGUGAUUGUUGCUGUAAAAAUUGUUAAGUACUAACUCUUUAAGGGCACACAUUUUUUUAUUGGCCUUGGGCACCCAAAACCCUUGGGCCGG